AUGGCAGCUUCAUUUGCCCUUCUCCGAGAUCUGCGUCCUUACAAAUCUUCAUGGAGGAUCCAAGUCAAGAUCUUGCAUUCAUGGCGCCAAUACACUGUCCAAACUGGAGAAACAUUAGAGAUGGAUGUUAAAAUACAUGCAAGCGUGAAGAAGGAUUUAGUUCCACGGUUUGCUCCUCAGCUUCGAGUUGGUGAGUGGAAGUUUGUAGAAACCUUCGGCCUUACUCAUGCAACUGGUCAGUUUCGCCCAACCAAUCAUUUGUACAAGAUUAGUUUUCAAACUAGCACGGUUGUCUCGCGUUGUGAAGAUGUAUCUGCAUCCAACUACUUGAGUCUUGCUAAGUUUGAGCCAAUUUUGAAUGAAGAGAUUAAUCCCUGUAUGUUAGUUGAUGCAAUCGACCAAGUUGUUAACAUAGGAGAACUGGAGGAAAAGGAAACUAAUAACAAGCCGAAUCAUAAGCUCGAUUUCGAGUUGAGAGAUGAAAAUGAUGUAAGGCUACCUUGCACACUAUGGGGUGCACUUGCCCAACAAGUUUUUGCUGCUUGCCAGGAAGCUGAUGGACCAACAGUGAUAUGUGUGAUCAGAUUUUCGAAAGUCAAAAAAUUUAAAGGUGUUGUGAGUUUGUCUAAUUCUUAUAGUGCUACCCAAGUUUUUAUCAACCCUCCCUAUCCUGAAGUUGCUGAAUUUAUUCAAACACUUCCAAACGAUGGUCUGGCUCUUACCUUCCGAGAGAAUGUACCAAAUAACCAGAUUGUAGCAUUGACAGAUGAUUUUUAUGAUCAGUUUCCCAGGAAAACCAUAUCAGAGCUACUCACUACUGACGAGAUUGGUAAGGCAAGGUUGUUGUGCACCAUCUAUGCAAUUGAUACAGAUUGGUCGUGUACAGCUGAGAAAAUCAUCACCCAAAGCGCUGCUACUCUCUUAAAUGGAUCACUAGCUGAGAUUUCAGACCCAGACAACUUGCCAGACGCAAUCAACAAUGUCAUUGGAAAGACAUACCUCUUUGUGGUAUGUGUUGACAAGGCAAACAUUUAUGAUCGUAAGGACUCUUUCAAGGUUGCAAAAGUGUUGUUGAAUGAUGGUACGUUGGGAGAGGAGAGCAUGCUUGGAUCUCAGGAUACAAUACAUCUAGAAUCUAUUGUAUCCGGUGACCAGAUGCAAUUAAUGCUUACUAGCAGUCAAGAUGGUGCUGAAACUAAUACACCAUCUUCCAAGCGUGUAUCAUCCUUCAAUGUGGAGUCCGCUGAGCAAUCAUCCACAACCAAGAAGUUGUGUCUUGCAGCCUCAGAUUUGGACAAAGAAAAUGAAAACAUGGACAAUGAAGGAAUCAUUGAUUCUGAAGGUUCCAAGGUCAAUCAAAGAGAGGGGAAAGGUAUCGGAAAAUCUAAUGGGAAAAAGAACCAACCAAAUAAGACUGGAGGUGUGCACAUCAAGACUGAGAAGUAG